AUGUCUUCAAACGAUGACUUCAUCCAUAUCUCCACUUCUUCUACUCCUCCCACCCCUGGACAAACAUCAUCCGGUUCAGAAACCACGGAUGCCUUCUUCAAAAACACACAUGGAAAAAGAGUGUUUACAGAAGGCGUGAUUGCCGAAUCUCUUCGUUCCCAAUAUCCACAUCACCAUCUCACAAUCACACCCGUGUAUUCGUGCGAUCUCCUGGCAUUCGCCAAUUCCCAUGAUGACUGCAGUUAUUCCCUCCGAGGCAGCAAUGAACUCCAAGAAAGGUUCUUCGUCCCACCCACAAGAAGAUACGGUGAUGCAAGCGGCGGUGCUUUCAUGGACACUGUCCAAUUCGGAUCCUAUGAUUUUGUAUUUCGGGGUGAGAGCUUUUUGCUAUACCUCGUUAGCGGUUACGACGGUCUCUACAUGAAGAUAUCAAACAACUACAUUCUCGUCCCUCCUCCAAACCCCGAGCAACAAAUGAACACCUCAGAAAAAGCCCUCGCCCAAACCAAAACAGACACACUUAUCCAAGCAGCUACAAAAUGGCUCCAAGAUCUACACCAAGAAGUCCUCGUCUUCAACGGAGGCUUCUGGCAAAAGUCCAAAGAACUCUGGUCCAACAUCCAAACCGCCAACUGGGCCGACGUAAUCCUAGCCCCCUCCAAGAAAGAAUCCAUCGUCUCCGACGUCCUAGGCUUCUUCUCUUCACGCGACCGCUACGCCGAAUUCGGGGUCCCCUGGAAACGCGGCGUCAUCUUCCACGGGCCGCCAGGAAAUGGGAAAACCAUCUCGACCAAGGCCCUGAUGCAUGAUAUGACGAAACGACUCGAUCCGACCAUUGAGAAUUUGUAUGUCAAGUCUUUUAACAGUUAUGGCGGCCCGGAACGCGGGAUAAGAGAUGUGUUUUUGAAGGCGAGACAGAUGGCUCCUUGUUUACUUAUCUUUGAGGAUAUUGAUUCGUUGGUUUCGCCUUUGACAAGGAGUUGCUUUUUGAAUGAGGUUGAUGGGUUGGAAUCUAACCAUGGGAUCUUGAUGAUUGGGUCGACGAACCAUCUGGAGCGUCUCGAUCCGGGGAUUUCAAAGAGACCUUCUAGGUUUGAUAGGAAGUACUAUUUUGGCAACCCGGAUCGAGAGGAGCGAGUCCAGUACGCCGAGUACUGGCGCAAUAAACUCGCCAAGAAUGAGAAAAUCGAGUUCCCCCACGAGAUGUGUGGCAGGGUGGCGGAUAUCACGGAUGAGUUCUCGUUCGCUUAUAUGAAGGAAGCGUUCGUCGCCGCGCUUCUCGUGAUUGUUGCGAGAACCGAAGAGGAGGAGAUGAGGAGACCUACACUUAGGGAAGUGGCAGAGCGAAUGGAAGAUGAUUUGAACAAAAAUGUUCUGUGGAGAGAGCUAAAGAAGCAAGUCAAGGCCCUGAGGGAUGAAAUGGAGGACGAUAACAAGGAGGCGACUGGCACUGCUGAUGAGACGAAUUUGGGCAUGGCUAGUGCUAGUCAUUUCUGGCCUGCUAUGAGUGGUGUUCUCGAUGGACCUUUACCAACACAGCCUUUGGAAAUUGAAAAUCGUGUCCAAGAUGUGAGAGGAGGGAGGGCGGAUCGUGUUUCUGCUGAUCUUGUUAUAGGAGGUCCACCGUUGUAUGAUAUGCUACGGUACAUGUAA